CUGGAGCGAAAGGAAAACAAAAAAAGCAAUCGCGAAUCAAAGGCGCACGCGGCAAAAUGUAAAACUUGCUUAUUGGUUUAUUUUUAACAGUUGCCGUCAUCGCAGUCGCAUUUUGGCCGAGCCGAUUGCUCGCGCGUCCCGCUUGCGUGUGUUAAUUAAAUUUAUUUCAGCCAUUGCCCAUUGCUGCGUAUAUUCGGCGGUAAUUAGCCAGCAAAAUCCAUAUUGUAUACUGAGUAUACCAUAUAAAAAAACGCGCCUGCAGUUUGCCGCACGAUUUCGUACAGUUGAGACGCGCGUUUUUUCGUUCGACAUUUUUGGUUUGGGGAUUUUCCACUGCAAUCGGUGCUGCGAUGGUUUUGACGAAUUUCGAGUGCUGGGCACAUGGCGAUCCGUCGACAGCCGCCAGUUUCGAAACCGGAACACUGCGUCCUUCUAUGGAUCCGUUUAACCCACGUGCAGUCCCCUUCAUGACCACCGACGCCAACAACAAUAGUAAUAACAAUAACAAUAGCAUUGAGGGGCAGACGAUGCCGGCAGUCCUGCCCCUGGAAAUGGAGGUCCUGCGCUGCAAGAAGCGCCUGAAUCCCGGCCAGGAUGCCGAUGUGGACCAGCCGGUGUACACCAAGCGAUGCCGCUACGACGAAGCCGACCUGGCCGCCCAGUAUUGCAAUGAUUUCUUUUCACUGCCUGCCACACAAGUAAUUGGAACACAGGCCUGUUUGAUGGAUUACGAGAUGCAGGCCACCGGCGGCAUGAUGAUGGAAUCGGAGACGAGUUUUCCAGCCCAGCAGCAGCAACAACAGCAGCAGCAGCAUCCACGCAUUCAUCAGCAUUAUCAAGAGUUCGCAGUGCCGCCAUCGAAGCAAAAGUCAAGAAAAUCUCUAGAUCGUAUUGAGAAAAUCAAAUUUAAAUCAAAAGGCAGCGAAGCCGAGGCGGACUUGUAUAUAGCCACACAUGGCGGUAGUCUGCAUCACUUCCGUAAGCUCAGCAGGUCGGAGCAAGAGGAGUCUGAUAUCUGAGCAAUAGUCCAUAAGGCAGUCCAAUGUAGCCUCCAGCUAACUCUAAGCGAGCACUGUAAACUCUAACCUAAGUAGUAAUAUAAGCUUAAAGGUGCUUAGAAAUUGUAUUUGAGUUCAAAUAAAUCAUAAGCAAACGUUGCGAAGCUCA